AUGAGGCGCGUUGUUCGCAGUUGGACGCUCGCACCGUUUGCAUUUGCGCCGGCGGCAGCGCUAGUGGCAGGGUCUAGAACGGGUCUUUUGAGUGCAGCGAGCGUCACCGCCCUUCCCCACGGCGAGCGGACCCUCUCCACCGCACUUCGCUGCUCUUCCUCCACGGCAGCUGUCCCCACAACCGCAACGAAGACGAGGCGGGGGUGGAAGAAACCCGCAACCAGCGAAGAUGCGGUCGCUGUGACUUCGGCGAGGGAAAAGCAGGGGAGGACGCGCAGAAGGAGCGGCAAGACCAAAUUCGCUGAAGGUGCAAUGGAGAGGGAGGAGGGCGAUGAACUCGGCCCGGGUGCAGUGCCCGAUGUGGGGCUCGACGAGGCCGCGGACGGAGGUCAAGACAUGUGGGGGGAGGAGCAACAAAAUCUGCAUGAUUUCAACAAUGGCGACGAGGAUGAGGAGGCGGAGUUAAUUCUCUCCCGCCAACAACGUCCUCGUCGCCGUGGUCGGCGAGCGUCGUCUAGCGCGGCGCCCAACGAACACGCGUUGGACGGCGAGGACGAGGCCGAUGAGGAGGACAGAGGUGCUUCUGGCGGCAGAUCCAAUGCCGAAGAUUCGGUGCCGGCGUUAGAUGUGGAAAGUCGAUUUUUGAAGGAUCGUUUCCCGGACUUGGCGGCGGAGUAUGACACGGAGGCCAACCAGACCCCGUUGGAGGAGGUCGUCGUUGACAGCGCGCAGGUGGCGUCCUGGAAAUGCGUGGGGUGUGGAUUUAAGUGGAGGAGCGGAGUCUUUGUGCGCACCUGUCUUCGCACAAGGUGCCCCCUCUGCGAGAAGGAGCGCAACCCGUGCCUGGGUGGACGCCUUGUUCAGCUCUGGGACCACUCCCUCAAUGACCCCUGCAUUGACCCCAAGGCGGUGGUGGCGAGCAGCAACAAAUCGGCCUACUGGCGUUGCCCAAGCUGCGCCACCAGCUUCCAGGCACGCAUUAAAGACAUGGUGUCCGACAAGGCAAAGUGCCCAUCCUGCUCUUUGCUGAACCUUCACGCAGACUUCAGCAAGGACGAGAAUGGGCUGCUGCAGGAGUGGCACCCCCUCAAAAACGGUGAUCUGCAGCCAAGUCAAGUGAAGCCAACCGAUCACACCAAACUUUGGUGGCUUUGCAUGGCCUGUGGACACGAAUGGGAGGCAACUCUCGCCGCCCGACUCACCCGGACCAGGCGCGCGAAGGGGAAGGAGUGCCCUGUAUGCCACGGUAAGGGGAGAGAGUGA